GUCACUGGACUCGUGGAGGUUCCGGCUGGGUGAGUUUAGUAGUUUUCAUCAUUCAGCGUUUCAACCGCUCUGAUUAAAUUAUUACAUUAAUUAUUAAGUUAAACGGCGCGCAAGUCUUUAUGGCUUUUAGUCUGUGUGAUUAUAAUCGCUGUUCGUGUGUGUUUGUAAAACUGUGUUAAAGGGCUGCAGCUCAGAAUGAGGAGGUUUAGCGGUUAGCAAAACGGCUAACGGCUACCACAGCUGCAGAGGGUGUUUUUCCACGAAGCUGAAGUUCCACCUUAAAAGGCACAGGAAUUACGUUCUGAAGCUGCAGCUGUGGGCUGUGAUUAUGCCUUCACAUAAGAAAAUUCCGGACAGAUGGACUGAAUACAGUGCAGUGGGGAAGAGGAUUCCUGGAACUCGCUUCAUCGCCUUUAAAGUCCCUUUAAAACAGUCUCUGAGAAACUGUCUGUGUCAGUCUGAGGCCUUUGGUCCAUUCGAUCUUCUGCACAUGUUGGAGAAGCAGGGUCAGGAACUCGGACUCAUCAUUGACCUCACCUUCACCACCCGUUACUACAAACCACAGGACUUGCCGGACUCGUGGCACUAUCUGAAGAUUUUCACUGCGGGUCAUGAAGUGCCGAGCGAUGCCACCAUUCUGAGCUUUAAGAAGGCUGUGAGAAGGUUUCUUUGUGACAAUGAAAAUAAUGAUAAACUGAUUGGGGUUCAUUGCACUCACGGUUUGAACCGGACAGGCUACCUUGUGUGCAGGUAUCUGAUUGAUGUGGACGGUGUUGAUCCUCAUGAGGCCAUCGACUUGUUUAACAGGUCGCGGGGUCACGCUAUAGAGAGACAAAAUUACCUGGACGAUCUAAAUUCCGGCCCUAAGCGCAGUAAUGAGGGGAUGGAAGAACCUGACCAGGAGCCGGUUCAGGGUGGGGCGAUGCAGGGGUCUUCAUCCAGACCAGAGAGACCAACCCCCCCCCCAACCCCCCCUACUUCAGCAGGAGAGGACCACCCCAACAUAACCACAUAAUGCCGUUUCAGCCGAGAGAAGCAAACCGGCACCUGAGGUUCGGACCAGACGGAGACCCCAUGUUGCUGCCCCCACCUCCUGCCCCGUGGCCCCACAGACCAGUGGAUCAGAGUUUCCGUCAGGGCCGUUACUGCGCCCCCACGCCGUACCCCACCUUCCUCCCCCGGUACAGCUUUGAGGAGCCUUGGAGGGGUGGAGCCCCGGCUUUCCCGCCAGGUGGGCAGGAAUUGCCUCGGGAGCCCCGUAGGAAGUCACGGCACAGACACGGGAAGUCGCGGCACGGACGGACAAAAUGAGAUGACUUUCAGCAGCAGCAGCACUGUCACCUCCGUUCUCAGCUGUGAAAACGUAAACACUCUGUCUGACGGACUUUUAUUGGUCAUUUUAACCCAAAAUUUACGAUUUUACACUAAAAAUAAAGAUGCGCUGAGCAGCGCAGUGUGAGUCAGUCAAGAGGAAAACGCUGAGACACUUCAUCACUCUGUUCUUCACUCAGUCUGUUUACCGUUGGCCCGUUAGAGCUGCAGCGAGUCGCUGCUGAAUAUUUAUCUUCAGAAAGUCCGACGUUCCAUGGAUGGAUUUUUAUUCGUAACUGAAUGUUAAACUGGUGUGAUGCUUUUCUCCCCUCUGUCGCUGUGAAAGGGCCCGACUCGGGGAGCGGCUCUCCUUGCCUUUUCUUUCUGAAAUGAUCUUUCAGCUUUUUUGGGAAAUGGAGAUCCUGCUACAUGGUGUUUAUUCAGAGUGUGCAAAUAAAGGACGUUCUGGUUGGUCA